GAAGCAAAUACUUUAAGAAAAAAUCCGAAAACAAUUUUGAAUAAUAGUAGUAACUCAGAAAUAAUUAAAAGCGUCAAAAGUUUAGAAGAAACUUUUAAGAAGUUCACAGAGCCCGAGGCUCACACAACUACGGCGGACUUCUUGCGCGUGGCCUGCCUUAUGAUCUUGCGUGUUCGUUGUGGUCUACAGAAAGUAGUAUGUGAAACUUCUAGUAGUUCUAGGAACUCCAACAACUACGAGGAGAAGGAAUUGCAUUUAGAUGAGUUGGAAAUAGCUCGUGUGAUAACUCAAGGGGCUUCAAAAGCAACUGCAACGGUAAUGGAAAACGUUGAUGCAAAGCUGAAAUCUAAUCAAAAACAUAAUUUAUCUGAUACAUCCAAACCUACUGAUGGAAUCGAAAAUGGAACAGUUAAAAAGAUUAAAACGAUCCAAGAGCCAUCUAUAUCUCCUUCCAUAAAUUGCGACAACGAAACUGAGGAACAAGAUGAACAAAUUGAAAUGGAUUUUGCAAGUAUUAGGAAACAGUUAGAGAUGGAGCCACUUGUUGAGUAUGGAUUAAAGUGGAGUGACCCAUAUGAGAUUUUGUCAUUUUCAUCGGUCAUUGUCCUUUCUUGGCCAUGUCCGUAUUCAAAAUUUUUUACCAACCGUGAAUGGGACCAAAUAAUUCGAACAAAUCCAUAUGUGAUUCAGUAUCCUAUAAUACCAUCAUCAACCUCAAAUAUUCUUCGUGAAGCAGCAAUAAUGCAUUUAAUGGGAAAGGAAAGUUAUAUGCAACCCGAUGAAUCAGAACUGAGCAAAGCUGUUGCUCGCACGUUUAAUGAUUUAUGUGAUAUUCCUAUCCAUUCUUCAGUCAAAACUUCUGAAGAAUUGCACUGUGAUAAAUUGUUAUAUCCCUAUAUAAUCUCUUUGUUUUUUGGACGACUUGCAGAAUAUGAAGUUCGACUUAAUCGUACAGUAAGUGGCACACAAAAACGUCCUGACUUCUCUUGUGUUGUCGAUGAUGUACCAAUACUUAACUCUGAGUUCAAACCGCUUGGAGUAACACCGUUUAAAAGGAAGAAAGAUUUCACGAAAGUACAUUUAAGAGCAAAAAAGUCAAUAAAUCAACAACUAAACUUAAAAGGUGGUCCCGGUGAAGCAGGAUUGUUAAUGAAUAUGGCUGAUGAAGUCGAAUCUUUUUUUAUGGAAUUAAGAUCCGGAUUAUACUGUUCUUGGUCCUUUCUUAGAACUAGAUUAUCAAUCGAUAAGGCAUCGAUGCCAUUAAUAGAAUCAAAUUUUUGCCACUUCGUGGCGUUAGAGAAACAAGUAAAUAAACUUGCCGAGGAUUUUAAAAGACGAAGUCAAGAAUUUACACCACCUCUACAAAUGCAAUUUAUGACAGAAUUUCCCGAUUCUCCACAACUGAGGAAAUUGCUUGAAUUAUCAUAA